AUGCAGGUGGGCCGCCGCUGGACGGAGGUUUUCAAGGACGCUGUGGCUGACAAUUGCAGAGACGAGCCAAGAGUGUCUCCAGCCAAGAGUGCCCUGAUGUCCGUGCAUCAAUUCACACCACGAUCACGGCCCCUGGCCAUCAGGAACGGCCUCAACUCUAAAGGAGAACUCAGACCUUCAUCUAUGCCCUCCAUACCUAAUCCCUUCCCUGAACUCUGCAGUCCCUCCCACUCCCCAGUUCGGAUUGGCUCCCUAGUGGGAAAUGCCACAACCUCUGAGGAAGACACUCAUGUGGUGAGAGUGUUUGGAGAGGACACUCAUAGUCGUUCAGUGCUGGUAUCAUCGGGGGCAACGGUGCGGGACGUGUGCCAUAUUCUGGUGCAGGCAGCUCAUUGCACAGACCAAGAAAACUGGGCUUUAAUUGAGCAACACCCUUCACUGGGACUGGAGCGCUGCCUGGAGGACCAUGAAGUGCUGGUGCAGGUGCAGUCCUCCUGGCUACAAGGUGGCGACACCAAACUGCUCUUUCGCAAAAACUACGCCAAGUACGAAUUCUUCAAAAAACCAGCGCAAUAUUUCCCAGAGAGCAUGAUCUCGGACAGCACUGACGCCAAGGCAGAAAUCAGCUCGUCUCAGCUCAUCCAGAGUAUGUUGAAGUGCGGUUCAUGUCCAGAAAUUCAGGGCUAUCUACAUGUUAGAGAAGCAGGGAAGAAGUCCUGGAAAAAACUUUACUUCAUUUUACGACGAUCUGGACUCUACUGUUCCAGCAAGGGGUCAUCUAAGGAACCUCGGCAUCUUCAGUGUGUAGCUGAUCUGGAGGAUCUCAGUGUGUAUACAGUGUCCAACAGUCGAAAACUCUACAGCUCUCCUAAAGUGCACACCUUUUCCAUCAAGUCUUGUAGAGACAGAUUUCGUCCUCAGGAUCUUAAGCUGCUGUGUGCAGAAAAUGAACAGUGCAGAACCUGCUGGAUUACAGCCUUCAGAGUGUUCAAGUAUGGGAAGCAGCUUCAGUGUAAUUACCUGUUAUCACAGACAAGUCCCAAACUGCAGAUCCCUCCACGAAAAGACACCAAGUGGGAGGAGGGUGAGGAGUCAAUGGUAGCAAUGGAUUUCUCAGGGAAGAGUGGAGGACGAGUGAUCCUGAACCCUCAAGAGGCUCAGAGUGCAGAGCAGGAGGAAGGCUACAAUUGGAGGAAGAGAGAGGCGCUACGCUACAGCCUACCAAGCAACAGUCAGGGAUCACGAACUACUGCUGUGCAUCAUAUUCAACCUUGGUUCCAUGGCGGCAUAUCCCGGUCUGAAGCCGAGAGGCUUUUGGAGGAGCAGGGUCAGGUGGAUGGGAUGUUUUUGAUUCGGGACAGUCAGAUGCAUGCGCAGUGUUUCGUGUUGUCUCUGUGUCAUAAACUAAAGACCAAGCACUACCUCCUCAUUCCUUGUGAGGAGGGUGGCAGGCAGUACUACACAAUGGACGAUGGCGUCACUCUUUUUAUGGAUCUGCUGCAGCUGGUGGAGUUUCAUCAGAUUAACCGCGGAAUCUUUCCAGUGUGUCUCAAACACCCCUGCAUACGUAUUGCUCUCUGACCCCGACCUCUUCAAACUGUGCCUUUUGUGCAAUUAAGCAUUAUACACUUAAAAUUCCAAACUACUGUACGCAAACUGUUCUACAUCCCUGCCCCAGAGGUGUGGUCAAUUUUAAACAAGUUUUAUCUGUUCCUUUUCCACAGCUGUAAUGAAAGCUAUGGUAAACAGCUACAAAACCUAACAAUGUUUUUUUAGCACUUGUUCUGAUCAUUUCCAGUUUGCAGGCUCUUCAGGCAAGUUUCUGUUCACUUUCUGACCACUAGGUCAUGCUCUAAUGCAGUGGUCACUGACACUGGCCUGGGGUGUGUGUGUGGGGGGCGAGGGGGGUAAUUCCUGCAGAUUAUAGUUUCAACCGUAUUUGGCUGCACCUGUUCUAGUUUCUGAACUUCUUCAAACGUCCCUGAUUGGUGGGAUCAGGUGUAGUGUAGGUAAGGAAGGAGCAGCAUGUUACAUGCGGGUUAGAACUAAAAUAUGCAGGAAGGAAGAUCUCUCGGAAGAAGGUUGGUGACCAAUGUAUUAAUUGUGUAAAUAGAGAUUGUAUAUCCAGCUCCAGUACUAUGUAAUAGUACUGCAAACUGCUGCACAGUUUUAUGUUUUAGCUGUACCUCAGUCACAUCAUUAACUAAAGAUCAGGUCCCUCUGGAGCUGAAUCAGAUGUUAGAACAGGGCAAACUGUGGAUUGCAGGACUGUAGUUGGGAAGCAGUGGGCCCACAGAAUUGAAGCAUAUGUUGCGUGAAGAAUUUUGCACAAUGUUUUGGAUAUCAGAGAAGGAAAAAGCUUUUCUCUUUAAAAGGUAAUAUUUAUGAAUGUUGUGUUGUCUAUUGUAACUGUAGACUCCUAUGAACAAUUUACAUUUAUUUUAUAAAAAUGUGUUUUACCAUCUUAAUCUGCAGGCAGGUAUUUAAGUCAGUCUUCCAUUGUCUCUUGGUUUUGUUUUUUUUUUUUUUCUUUUAUGUAAUGUUGUGGAAUAAAUUUCAGUUUUCUCUUA